CUUGAACCCGACGACCAGUGACUGUUAAACGGCCAUCCCAGAAGUACAUCCGAGUGCGAAACCAAGGCAACAAAACAUACAUAUCAUCAACAUAUACUUGAAUCUUGCUUCAUCAUGUCUUUUCUCCGCCUUUCUACAAGGGCUUUACCAGCCAAUCUGCUCCCCCGCCAGCACGCCGCCCGCCGCACCAUUGCAACAGCAAGCAAGAAGGAAUGGCUAUGCAUUAUUCCUGAUACACCUGAGGGUCCCGAACUGAGAAAGAAAGUUCGAGCGACUCACAUGGAAGGAGUUGGCCCUCUCGUCCAGGCGGGAAAGCUAGUCGCAGGUGGUGCGAUGUUGGCCACUCAUCCCGAGGAAGGCAAAGAUCUGUCAUUCAAGGGCAGUAUGCUUGUGUAUAUGGCUGAAAACUUGGAGGAAGUGCACCAGCUUAUUAACGGUGAUAUCUACGCUCAGAGCGGUGUCUGGGAUCUGGGGAAGGCGCUUGUUGUUCCGUAUUUGUCGGCCGUGAGGGAGCCUUUGAAGAAGGACUAGUAGAGACUAUCAAUUUUGAGUGUCUCGGGGAGUAGCGGUGCUAUUUUCCCUCGAUAUAUUAGAGAGCGGCCAUCGUUGAGCACAUAUAAUUUCUGACGGCACUUGCGGCAGAUUGAGCAUUUAGACUAUCCGAUAUGUAACAGGCAUGUAUUUUCUCAGUUUGUUCCUUAUAACUGGCCGAAAGUACUCAGACAGGAAUG